AAUCAUAUUGCGCGUAAACAGCGAGCAGAUUGGAAGCAAACAGUAUCCAGUAAAUACGCCGAUCGCAGAAACACCCACAAUUUCAGCUAUAAUAACGAAUGUCUAGUCCUUAAAACGACACACAUACGCACAGAAGAGGUCAGCUAUAUAAAGUGCAGACAAGGCGUCACGUUUCCACAAGGACGAUGUUUUACGAGCUGUGGCGUUAUUUUUUCUACGCGUCUGCGUGCGGCGCAAGAGUCCAGUUCGGUUUUUACGUGAAGCUCCAAAAAUCUAUGAAAUGUGUUUGCAUGUUCUUCUCCGCGAGCAGGGAUGUAGAGGUGGGAUAGCAAGAAUCGAAAGGUUGGAGCCCACACGCUCGCCUCCGAGAAAGUACGUUUUACAAUAAUUUAUCAUUCCGUUUCCCUCGCGCUUAUUUCUGGCGAGGGUUUAAAUAAUUCUGCUGGGUGAGAAUUUGAUUUUUCCCUCUUUUUGACAUCAAUCUCCGCAGCAGGCACGGAGACGGACCGCUUGGACAGUGGGUUCCCUCCCCUCCGCUCGGAUCUGCUUUGCUUUUGGUUCCCUGUCAGAAAGAUGCGGACGAGGGCGGGGCUUUAGACUGCAGUCCAGGGCUGUGGGGGCUUUCCAUUGGCUGAUUCUUCAGAGGGGGAGGCGCCACUCACGCCAGGGCCCGUGAACAGACUCCCUGGUGCGCCGGACCAUGUCGGGCGGGGGACGUCCGGAGGCGGGCCAGGCCGCCGAGGCGCUGGACAAGGGCGGCCGCGGGGAGGAGGGGGGCGACCGCGCGGCCCCGCCCCCCCAGGAGAGGCGGAACCGCAGCGGCAUCAUCAGCGAGCCGCUCAGCAAGAGCCUGAAGAAGUCGCGGGCGCUGUCCCAGUACACCGCCAGCUGCUCCAACGCCAACGGACUGUCGCAGAACGGCGUGGCGGCGCCCGCGUCGCACCGGCAGGGCUCUGCGGCGGCCCGGGCCGAGCGCGUUUCGGAACUGACCCUGGAGGGGCAGAACGGGCUCCACUUCGCCCAGGCGGCGGAGCUCCUGAAGCGGGCCGGCAUGCUGCUGCCGGGGGAGCAGGGGGCGGGGUCGGGCGGCGACCCGGAGGGCGUGUCCGCCGGCGACACCGUGGGCAGCCCCGCGGACUUCCCGUACCUGGGCGGCUUCCCCUUCAACCCGGGCCUCUUCAUCAUGACGCCCGCGGGCGUCUUCCUCGCCGACAGCGCGCUGCACAUGGCCGGCCUGGCGGAGUACCCCAUGCAGAGCGAGCUGGCCUCCGCCAUCGGCUCCGGCAAGAAGAAGCGGAAACGCUGCGGCAUGUGCCAGCCCUGCCGCCGGCGCAUUAACUGCGAGCAGUGCAGCAGCUGCCGCAACCGCAAAACCGGACACCAGAUCUGUAAAUUUCGCAAGUGCGAGGAACUUAAAAAGAAGCCGUCCGCGGCUCUGGAGAAGGUGAUGUUGCCGGCAGGAGCCGCGUUCCGAUGGUUCCAGUAGGACUUCGCCCCCCAAAGCUCUGUCAUCAAGUGCAAUGCCCCGCCCCCCUCCACUCCCCACUCACCUGGAUUAUCUAUGGAAUGGAUUUUCCAGCUGAACACAAAAAAAUAGCAAGACAAGUGAACAAACGGAACAAAACAAAAAAAUUCAAAAUGAUUAAAAAUAAUGGAUGCACCUACUUUUUCUCCUGAACCAAAAAUAAACAUUAUGAAGUUUAUGGCAACUCUCAUUCCUUUUUUUAUGUUCCAUUUUGGUACCCUUUCGUCCUUUUUCAAAAGCGUUUCAGUCACUUUCACACGGAACUGUUCAACUGCCAAACAGAAAAAGUCUGACUGAGAGAGGACAAUCAACAGAUCUCUGUGUUUGGUGUAUAUGUCGUUCAUGUGUGGAAAGAUUAAAAAAAGUACUUGUGUAGAGAAUGUAAAUUUUACGGCUAUAUUUUAAAACCUAGUGACUAAUGACAAGCACUAUUGUAAUUUAGCACCAUUGUUCUUACUUACCACCUCCUGUAUUUUUGAUUGGUUCUUAUUUUUAUUUUUUUGUUUUUGUCAUAAAUCUAUAGUUUUGCAAUUGCUCAAUGUUUGUUAUUAAAAUAUAAAAAAAGAAAAAAAAAACAAUUUUUGAGAUGUAGCAUCCCGUUUUCUGAUCGAAGAUUAUAUAUUAUUUUUUUUUAUUUCUGGGAGAAUGCUGUGGUGUCUCCACACAUCGCCCCAACCUUUGUCCCACCCCAAUUUGGGUGACAUAAUUUACUGGAGCCAAUAGGAAGCUCCCAACAGCCCAAAAGCUUCCUUCUCAACUUGAUGGAUUUUUAUUUUGUGAAACUGGUAACCUCAUGUUCCCCCUGAUUUUCUACGGAGGGCUGUGGUUCUGAUGGGGACCGGUUCAGUCCGGAGGACGUGGUACCGUUCCCAAUCCAAGCUUAAGCACUGAGAGAAUUUCAUUUCCCCAUGAUGCUACCAGACCUACAUCUUUAAAAAAACAAAAAGGAAAAAAAAAAGAAACAGUGAUGUUUGUAUUCAUUUAGAAAUUUGGGCUGGUUUUGUGAAUAAAAAUGAAUGCAUGUAUUUGUGUCAAAAUCUA